AUGGAGCAGAUCCGCUUGAAGGCCCUGAUUGACGAGAGCGAAGGCACAAAGGUGCAGCCCGUGGUAGUGGUGCGCCCCUCCUUCAAGCCCAGAGGAACUGCGGAGCAGGCGUGGCGGUCCGGUGAAACGGAAGAGGAGAUGAUCGCCAAGAAGCUCAAGGAACUGCAGCUGAAGGCCCAGCGGAGGGACCUCAACAAGGGCGACCCCGCAUGGAAGCAAAAGGAAAAGGAGCGCCUCGAAAUGAUGGAGAAGGAGAAGCACCUGCAGGGCAUUCUUCAGCAUCCGCUUGCCUCCCCAAGGAAGGGCACCGACGAGGCGGAGGCGAAGGGCCAGGAGGAGAGGUCGCAGAGCCAGCCUACGACCCCUGUACACACACCUGUGAAGGCCGAGUCCUACUCGCGCAGUGAGCCCUCAACUCCCAUUUUCGAUGAAGGGGACCAGCAGGGAUCAAGGAAGAGGGAGGAGGCGAGGCUGCGCGCACACUACCUGGCGGUGCACGAAGACAGGACCUCGUAG